AUGCAUCACCUAAUGACUCAUCUCACGCCUUCAUAUCAACGGUAUCACCUCACCAAAUUUUGCAUACUCCGUGCCCUGAAAACCAAAACUGCUGAAGAAGUAGCGACCCAUUUAUUUGAUAUUUUUUGCACAUUCGGAGCCCCCUCCAUAUUGCAUUCCGACAAUGGUAAAGAAUUUGUAAACAACAUUAUAAAAGCACUUGCAGCGUCGUGGCCCGAGCUGAAACUUGUUCGAGGGAAACCAAGAAAUAGCCAGAGUCAGGGCUCUGUGGAAAGGGCCAACCGUGAUGUGCAAAAUAUGAUCGCCACUUGGCUCAAGGACAAUAAAACAGCUGAAUGGUCCAAAAGUUUACGCCCCGUUCAAUUCAUGAAGAACAGAGCCCACCACAGGGGCAUCGGCAUGUCUCCGUACAAGGCAAUGUUUGGAAUGGAACCUCGGGUCGGUUUGACCACUUCAUCUAUUCCCGCAGAAGCUAUAGCCACUAUUCAGGACGAAGAAGAGUUGGAACAAUUAUUACAACGCAUGAAAUAG